GCAAAGACAAUGACAGGGUUGUGCCUCUAGGGGGAGCCAGUGCUCAUAAGACAAAGAACAUGUAGGUGGUGAUCACUGAAGCGCGACGAGACUUCACGAAGAUCGUCUGUCUUUGGGGACAUGCCGCUGGUUACCAGUCUGGAGGAGGUAUUGGCUCACCCUGGUCUUGGAAGUGUUCGAUGACUUGGAAGUCUGAUAAGGAGGUAUGUUUAGCUGCCCUUUGCCGAGUGUUGAGACAGAGUUCUGUGCCUUGAGACGAUUCCUUCGGUGCUGCUCUGAACUACUGGCAUCUACCUGUCAGGUGACUGCAUCCGAAAAACAGUUCUCCAGUCACUUGUUACAUGGCAGCAGCACCAGGUGGCGCUGUGCUGAUUCUGCUUUCUGCAAGUUUCUUCACCAGCGUCCUGUCCGCUUCUCCAAUUCCCAUGACCCCAUCUGACCCCUACGUCUUUCAAGGCCAAAAAUUACAGUUGUGCUGUAAUGUCUCCCACGCCGUGAAGAACCCUCCCAAUGGAGAGGUUGUCUUCGAAAGAUGGAACACAACGGUUGCCGUGGUGACACCGUCGUCAGCAGGCACGGCAUGCAUCGAGCCGGACACCAGCCAACGGACGCCUGGCGCCAUGUUUUACUGUAGUUACCCUGGUUACCGCGGCUACCAGAUGGUCAUCAUUGAUGGCCCGGAGCCGACCUUGUCGAGGCCGGAGUGCACGUUGCAAGACAUGGCCCUGACCUGCCAGGUCAAGGACAUCCGCUCCACGCUUUUGCGUCCAGAGAACGUGACGUACCGUUUGUACCUGACGCCAGCAAGGUCAGAGUUGUCUGGAGACGAGUGUACUGCUGUCGUCUGUCGAGACGGAUACUGCACGUGCAGUCUGAACAGAGCUCAUCUUAAUGAAACAUAUUCCCUCAACCUGACUGUGACAUACAAACCACGACAGCGCAAGACCAUGGUCUGGGUGAACGUCUCCUCACUCACCCCGAUCAACGUAGUCAAAGUUGUGCCCUCGAGUUUCAGCGUCACGCCACUCACAAACGCUUGUCUUAAUGUAUCGUGGAGUUUUGAUAACUACGAUGAGGAUAAGGAUAAAUCUAAAGAGGACUUGCUGCAGCAGUUGUUUGUGAAGUCAUCAAGAAAAAUGGAAGAACCAAAAGUGCCUCACCUUGACAAUAAGGCUAGGGGCGCAGUUAUUUGUCACGGUCUGCGGCCCUUCACAGAAUACAACCUCACCUUAAGGGUGCGGCCCUCCUACAGUCAGGUGUGGAGCGAAACCUCCACAACACUCACAACGCUCCCCACAGCACCAGAGGGCGCCCUGGAUGCUGCUCCUGGUUUUGCCACCAAUGGAACUGACGGUCAGAUCGUCUUGUACUGGAGAGCCAUUCCAGAGGAGAGGAGGAACGGCCCUGACCUUUCGUACGCUGUGCUUACUGAGGUGCUACACCAUGACCUCUCACCUUGCAGCGGAACCGAGGCCGAUGAUGUCAUCAGAACGACGAGCAACAAUGUGACUCUUCGGGUGGGUGACCGGCAGGGUCAGGCCGUCACUGUCGUCUGCGUGAUCCCCGAAAAUCAAGAAGGACAAAGUCAGAAUAUGACUAUCCUGUACUUGGAUCACACUGCACAGCCUCCUGAGGACGUUCAAGCCCACUUCCUGUCCGGAAGCAGCGACAACGUGACUGUCACCAUCACGUGGCGUGACGUGGCGGAGGUGCACGCCGUUCUCUGGUGCCUGCGUCCAGGGAUCACAUCUCUGACCUGUGAAGAGGAAGUCUGGUGGCGAAAGGUGGAGUCUAGUCGUUCACAGUUCGUCAUCGGCCCCAUGAGUAGGCACAGUGUUGGUCACCUGAUGUACGGUGUGGCCAGCCAGAAGUCACGUGAUCACGUUACUGUUGUGUCCGGCUUCCGGUGGAGGACCUGCGUGCAGGAGAGAGACAGGGAUGGGCGCGUGACCCGGGUGUUCAGCUGUGAAGGAAACCCAACGGCUGGGGCAGACGACCAACUAACGACCUGGGUGACCGGAAGUGUGCUUUUCUUCGUUUUUGUAGUUGCAGUAUUCACGCUGCUAUGUUGCCGUGCAGUCCGAGAGAGGAUGAGAAAGUUCCAGCAGCAUGGCUUCUGUCGACCCACUGACCCACCAUGUCUUGCACCCCGUCACCCCGGAGGUACACAUCACAGCCAUGCCAUGCGUUUCCAAGACAACAUCCGACGGCCGCCAGCAACAAUCCCACAGUCCCACGUGUCUGGCACCAGUCAGGACAGCUUACGACCGACAGAUAACCCUCUGGAAGGCUGCAAUGGAUCAGUCUCGAGUGAACUUCAACCUUUGACCAAGCUCCCCUCACCAGCAGAACGGUCACGGCCGCCGUCGUACAUUCAGGUUUCAAUUCCAGACGACUCCCUGGACAGUAGCGAGGACGAGGAGACCCCACUAAACCCCGAGGCCCUUCGACCCCUUCGCUACCCCGUCCUCGAGACCAAAUCUUGGGCCUGUGAUGUCAUCAGUGAGUCCACCGACUCAUGCAGCAGCGUGGGAUGUUCGGACAACUCGAAAUGCAACCAUAGUAAAUGUCGCAGUCCAUCAGCUUCCAGCGAACUUCAACCUUUGACCGAGCUCCUCUUACCUACAAGGCUGAGAGGCAGUGGGUCGGGACCGAUGUCGUCCACUCAAGUUUCAGUUGGAGACAAUUGCGAGGACAACAGGGAGGAAGAGACGGUGUCAACAAGCUCUGGCGACCUGCAGUACCUCCGCUACCACGUGACCGGUACCAAGAUGGCGGCCAGUGAUUCAAACAGCGAGGGGGGAUGUUCGGGGCCAUUGGACAACCACGUCCUGACCUCUUCCUCUUCAGAUGGAAGUUUUGUCAACAGAGAAGACAUUGCUGACGAUCAGCCAACUCUGUUAGUCACGCGGUACGGUCACGUGACCCAGACUACAGCUCAUAAAGUGGACAGACCGCCAGGAUUCGCAGAGGAAGCACUCUCUCCGGUCUGUGUCCACAGGACCUUCUCGUAAUUAGGAAGGUGAAAGCCUCUUGGAACAGACAUUUGCUCUAUGAGGAAUUUUUUUUUAAUUUGGAAUUUUUAAAAACAAACUCUUCAGCGAUGUUUGGAAAAAAAUCGACUUUGUUUCUUUGUAAUAAGCUCAGACACCGCAUACGAAAAUUUGUAAGGAAGUUACAAUUUACAAGCAAAAUAUUCCAAAGGGAGGAUAUGAGUCAGUCACCACACCAACAAAUAUGGAUUUCAUCAGGACUGUUUAUAUUUUCAUCCUCCCUACUUAAACUGGGAUAAGUGGGGGAUGAUUUAUUGCUCUCGCACAAGCUCCACAAUUUUCGCAACAGUCCUGUUUCGGGAGGAAACCAAUCCUCCUCUCGUCACAGGCACGCGCACACAGGCCAUCAGACACACGUGUGUCUUACCUGGACACGUGACUCAAUGACACUCUCGUGAGUUGUGAGUCAGCUCCUCAGGUGUGUAGGACGCCCUGUGUACACCUGUGUGAAGCGUGGCAUUGUACACAAUCGAUCUACCCGACCCACUGACACAUCAGUCAAUCAAGCAACUACCUGACCAGGUACCCGUCAGUGCAAAACCUUUUCUGCUGAAAGGACAACUUUGAUUUGUAAAGGUAACGGGUCCCAUAGCCACUGAGUGGUUCAUCGUGUUUAAGGCAAGGCAAGUGGAAACGACCGCUCCUACCUCCAUCUUUUUCCUUUCUCAAUGAAUCAUGAAAAAACUGAAAGAUGUUUGUAAAUAUGUGUACUCUGACAUACCCUCUGAAUGUAUUAUUUUGACACGAGCAUACGCAAACUGUAUGAAAAUAGAAAGUUAAUAUAUUUUGUAUAUAUUAAAUAUAAUUUUUAUGCAUUCUGCAGCUGUGAUUUUAAAUUUUUUU